UUCAGUGCCUCCAACAAAUGAAGUCCACGACAACCAUGGAUUGACAUAAAUGUAAUACAACUCACAAGCCCAUGAACUAUUGUCAUAAAAAGGAUUAAAAGGUAGCCACUGGUACUGGUAGCAAACUAGCAAUUGGUAUCGUCUCAUGAUAAUGAAAGCCAAAAUUGGGUCUGGGGUCCAUCACACCCAGCCCACCACCAGUCCACUACCAAUAAUACAUAUUUUAGUCUACCCAAAAUUUAAUAAAUGGCAGUGACCUUGUUCCCCGGACAACGCUGUUCACAAGUUUCUGUUUUUUAUUUUUGGAUCCAUGCAUUCAGACAUUUUCAUUUUACAUUAUAAAUACUCUCAACGUUGGCUGAAACUGAAAUCCAACGAGUCAACAAUCCAGUGAAAAGUGAGAGAGAGAGAGAGAGAGAGAGAGAGAAAAGGAGAGUGAUGGAUCUACUGAAGCCAAGCGCUGCUAAUUCCUCUCCGCUAACCCCGCUAGGCUUUCUCGAAAGAACAGCUACCGUCUACGGCGACUGCGUUUCUGUUGUCUACAACGACCUCUCCUACACCUGGUCUCAGACCCAUCGCCGGUGCCUGCAACUCGCUUCAUCCCUCACGUCUCUCGGCAUCAAGAGAGGCGACGUGGUCUCUGUCGUGGCCCCCAAUGUCCCAGCCAUGUACGAGCUCCACUUCGCCGUCCCCAUGGCCGGCGCCAUCCUCAACACCAUCAAUACCCGCCUGGAUGCUCGGACCAUCUCCAUCCUCCUCCGUCACGCCGAGUCCAAGCUCGUCUUCGUCGACGUCCUCUGUCGCUCCCUUGUCCUCGAUGCCAUCUCCUUGCUCCCACCCGCCACUCAAAGCCCUCUUCUCUUCUUCAUCACAGAGGAAGCAAACGAAAUGGUAGCCGUUGACGACGACCGGACUUACGAAGGCCUGAUCAAGAAGGGUGACCCCAGCUUCAAAUGGGUCCGGCCGGAGAACGAGUGGGCCCCGAUGAUAUUAAACUAUACCUCUGGUACCACCUCGGCUCCCAAGGGGGUCGUCCACUGCCACCGGGGAAUUUUCAUCGUCACCCUUAAUUCUUUGAUCGACUGGUCUGUGCCGAAACACCCCAUCUACUUGUGGACCCUACCAAUGUUCCACGCCAAUGGCUGGACCUUCCCUUGGGGCAUGGCAGCUGUGGGUGGGACCAACAUCUGUCUCCGUAAGUUCGAUGCUGCGGCAAUCUACCGUGCGAUUCACAAGCAUGGGGUGACCCACAUGUGUGGUGCACCGGUUGUGCUCAACAUGUUAGCCAACGCACCUAACGUCCAGCCACUCCCACGACCCGUCCAUUUUCUAACGGCUGGAGCGCCGCCCCCUUCCGCCGUUCUGCUCAGGACAGAGUCGCUGGGCUUUAUAGUGAGUCACGGCUUCGGGAUGACCGAGACAGGUGGAAUCGUUAUUUCAUGCGCUUGGAAAUCCGAGUGGAAUCGGUUCCCGGCAACUGAGAGGGCGAGGUUAAAGGCGAGACAAGGGGUGAGGACUAUUGGGAUGACCGCGAUAGACGUAAUAGAUCCCAAGUCGGGAGAGAGUGUGAGACGAGACGGGUCGUCCAUCGGUGAGAUCGUUUUGCGUGGUGGGUGUCUUAUGUUGGGUUAUUUGAAGGAGCCAGCCGCGACGUCCGUCGCCCUAAGUGACAAAGGCUGGUUCUUCACCGGCGACGUGGGUGUGAUGUACCCAGAUGGGUACGUGCAGAUCAAAGACCGAUCGAAGGACGUGAUCAUAAGCGGCGGUGAGAACUUGAGUAGCGUGGAGGUGGAAUCGGUUCUGUACACGAACCCAGCUGUGAACGAAGCGGCAGUGGUGGCUCGGCCGGACGAGUUCUGGGGUGAGACUCCUUGCGCUUUCGUGAGUUUGAAGAAGUCGUCGACACAGAAGCCGUCGGAGAAGGAAAUUGUGGAGUACUGUCGGGCUCGGUUGCCGCACUACAUGGCUCCUAAAAUUGUCGUGAUCAUGGACGAGCUUCCCAAGACUUCGACGGGGAAGAUUCAGAAGUUUGUUCUUAGGGACAUGGCGAAGGGAUUGAACUCGUCCCAGCAAUUGAGCCGGAUAUAAGCUUAUUCUGAAUGAGCUCGAAUCCAGUGAACGGGGAGCGUGCACGUCGCCCCUUUCAAAUCUAACAAUUCUGUUAAUUAAAUUCGAUUCACGCUCCCGUUAUUCAACGUUGGGAAGAGACAAAAUCACCAAUAAAAAGCCUUUUUUUUUUUUUUGCUAAAUUAUAAAGAACACAGACCCUCCUACUUUGUUUUGCGACAAAGUCCCCUCAUUUGAAAUUUGCCGUUCCCUGACCUUUUCUUUUGUCGUGACGUUGUUGGCGAGUGGAGAAGUUAUCGGGUAACCUGUAAGUGGGGUUGAUUGAUUUGUGCGGUAAUCAGAACUAACUUGUAAAUUUUUGAAGCAUGAUUAUAGUUUUCAUAUCCAUUCAAGAAGGUUACUUAAAAUCGAUUGAUCACGAUGUUUUUUUACCAGUCACAAGUUAGAAAAUGGAGAACUCAACUACGCAAUUCAAAGAAAACAGAGAACGGUAAAGGUAGAAGAAAAAGGGGAAAUUUAUUGUAGAAUUGUAGAUAUAGUGGGGACUGAAAAAUAAAAAAAAAGAUAUGGAGAAGAAAAAAAAAAAAAAAAAACAAUGACAGAAGAUACCAGCUGUCGGAAGGGAUUAAAAUCUCCACUUGCUUACACAGUACAAGCCUACAAAUACCAGUUCGAGUCCAGGGUUGCCUAUAAAUACCACUUCUUAGACGAGGUUUUUUCAUCCAGCAUUUCUCUGCAGAACUCUCAUUCUUCCAUACACAGGAGCUUCCUCUCCUUACAUACAGCAGAUUUUCUUUGCCAAACGCCAAUUAUUAUGGCUAUAGAGAUUGAGCAGCCAUCUGUUGAUGGACUAUCAAGCAUUGCAGUUUCCCAUGAUUGUGGCAUCGUCGGUGACGGUUAUAGAGACGAGAUUGAAGAUGGAGAAGAGAAGAUAGGGAAGAUGAGAAAUGGGUUGCCUCGGUCCUUUUAUUUUGCAGAGUUGGGAGAGAGAAAGAAUGAGAAAGGAUGGUGAGUGAGGGGAAAAGAAGAGAAGAAAGGGAAAGCAAUAGGCUAAAUAGGUUAUAAGAGGAAAAUGGCAAAAGAAAAGAAAAUAGAAAUAGUUUAGUGAGGUAUUAGUAAUUUAACUAUUUCGUCAUCUAACUUAAUGGUCAAGGGGGUCUUUGUCUCAAGGUCAUAGUACAGAAGGGUUUUUGUGGCAAAACAAAGUAUAAGAGGUCUUUGUCACAAAACCCAUAGUACAGGAGGUUUUUAUCGCAAAACAAAGCAGAAGAGGUCUUUAUCACAAAACCCAUAGUACAGGGGGAG